UCGGAAUAGUCCGAAAGGCAAACGCAAUUUGUUGAAGUUUUAUAUCCCAUGUUCGUUGAUCCUCAAAAGAGUAUGCUGCCAGUAUAGGUUUAAUCGAUCUGUUUACUCUUUCCGACAAGUUAGUUUGUGUGAUAUAAGGAUGUUUUACGAUGUUUUAUUUGUAAAAUAUCGCACACAGAUUUAAAACGUUGGACACAAACUGUGCGCCAUUAUCUGAUAUUAUUUUGAUUGAUCAGUGAUAUUUGACUUUGAUUUUUCUCUUCUUAGUGUUCGAUUGAACGGUUUGGUGACCGAAAAAGUUCGGUUGCGAACCGUUCGGCCACCGAACUAUCGGUUUGGUGCAUGCCUAGAUGCAAAGUAGAAUAGAAGAACAUUUUAAGGCAUAUUAGUAUUGUCCGGUAGAAGACACAUUCGCUCACAUUGUGCUUUAUUUAAUCUAUUUUCUCACUGGUCACUUCCUUCAAAAGCUUCAAUUUCAUUCAAUUUGCCGUUAGUCCAGAUCAGGUAUGCAACCAUCCCAAGCUAGGGCUCGCUGAUCGGCAGCGAACAUGUUUGGUUGCGAACCGUUCCGUGAACGAACAUGUUCGGUAACAAACCGUUUGGUGGCCGAACAUGUUCGGUUGCGAACGGUUUGGUGACCGAAAAAGUUCGGUUGCGAACCGUUCGGCCACCGAACUAUCGGUUUGGUGCAUGCCUAGAUGCAAAGUAGAAUAGAAGAACAUUUUAAGGCAUAUUAGUAGUGCAUAAUUUGCAUUACUUCAUUAUAUUAUGAAUUAAGUUGUUGGAUAGAAAUGAUUAGAAUAGUAAAAGACUAGAAUAGUAGAAUAAUAGAAUAGCAGAAUAGUGUUUUCCACCGGCUACAGCCUAAAAAUUAAAGCUUAUUUUAAAUGGACCUCAAUGCCAUAGUGUUUUGUGAUAAAGAAAGCAAAGGCUCUUUUUAGAAGGUAUUAUUUUGAAACGAUCUGUGGAAAAUCCGUUCUUAAAAUAGCAAUGUAUUUGUUUUUUCAGAUAGAUAAAUAGUGUUUAGUACCGUCUGCAAACUGGAAUUUUUGGGAUUUCUGGAACUUUUUCAUUGCUAAUGCAAAUUUUGAAACACUGAAUUUUCCACGGACCUUUUCAAAAUCCUAUCUUUUGAAAAUAGUUUUUACUUUUUUUUAUCACAAAAGGCUAUGCCAUUGAGGUCCGAUUAAAAUAAGCUUUAAUUUGACAUAUAAGAAAUAUGUAGCUUUUCAGGGUGAAGAAUCUUGAAAUAUGAUCUUGUAAUUCAUAUUACAAUACACCACAAGACCUUACAAGAGCAUAUGAAAUCUUGUCAGAUUUCAUAAGAAUGUUGGUUAAAAAAAAAAUAAACUUUGUCAAUCUGCUGUUGAAAAAACUGCUGUAAAUAAAUUGAGCGUUAAUUUAGAAAAUAAUUCCUGGUAAGCAGAAAAUAGUUCCUGUCACGAUAUACGUAGAUAUAUUUUUGUGUUUUUGUAUGUGUGUCAAUUUUAAGAAUAAUUGCUUGCUUUAAUAACCGUUUUUUCAAUAUUAUCACCUUUGAAUAAUCCAGCAAACACUUACAGCAUUCUAUUUUAUUAGAAAUUCUUAAACUUAUACUUUGAUAGAUUAUAUAUUAUGACUGCAUAGGUUUUUAUGUUAUAAAUGUGUAACAGUAGGGCAACUAUUCUUGCAUUAACCAAUCAAUAUUCGACUGACUCCAAGAUGGAUUUUAAAAAAUUACCUGUUUAAUCAUUUCGGCUUGUGCUUCUGGCUAUUCAUCUUGAUGUGCCCAACCCAAAACACCGCGUAUUGUCAUUUCUUUCAGAAAUAUUAUCACAUGGUGUUGUGGAUCGAAAAAAGCAAAAGAAUAACGAUGAUUUAAUGAUAGUGUAUAUUCUGCAAAGAGAUUCUUGACUACCCUGUUUAAUAUCAGAAAAAAGAGUUUGAAGCGGCACCACCUCCAGCAAUAUUUUCAAUACAUUGACUUUUCAAUAUUCGCAUUAUGGAACUUCAUGCGGAAAGAGUAAAAUAAAUAAAUUUUACCAUAGGGCUAAUACCAAGUUCAUUUGUAUUUUAUCGCAUGAAGUAACGAACAGACAAGACGAAUAUAGAGAAAUAAUAAGAGAAGAAAAACAAAUAAAAAUGAUCUCAAAAAACAAAAGCAAAUAAAACGUUAAGAUAAGAGAAAGAAUAAAAAAAGAAUGUGCGUAGAUAAAGAUUAUAUAUGAAAAUGUUUAAUUAAUUUUAUAUAUUACAUGAUAGCUAAAUAUAUUAAUUAAAAAAAUUUUCAUCUUGACAGAUGAUUGUUCACACGUUUAUUUAUUUAUAACGAUGAGUAAAAGAUAAUUUUUUUCAUAGAAGCAUGACAAGUCGUGAAUCUGAGAUGGUUUACAAAAAAAAAGAAUUCAAUAAUUUUAAACUUUCCACAAUCAUAGAGAUUGUUUAGCGAUACACAAAUUCACACACAAAUCACAACAUAAUUGAUAGAGACAGUAUCUAUAUAUUGCCUCGAUUUCAUACAGUCUAAAAACAUUGAAAUUUAUUUGUACAAUAAAUAAUUUGCUUUUAAAUAACGAUAAAUUAGUACACAUUCACAGUUCUUUUUUUUUCCCUCUAGUUUAUUCUACUCGGACAUGAAACAACAUCACAAACACAACAUACUCAACUUCCGUCUACAACAAUGUCUUCACUACUACUUGCUAGCGCUUCGAAUACAACAGCAUCAACAACAAACCUUUUAUCUUCAUUAUUUCUUCCAUUAAACAAAACGUCCACAGCAACAAAUUUAUACAAAUUCAAACGGCUCUAUAGCAAGCAUCGCCAUUAAGUAAGUCACUGAGAAAAAACUUAUAUUGCAUGAAUUGAACGUUAUUAGUUUCAUUAGUUAAUCGUAGACAGUUCAUUCCACGUUCCUUUUCUGCUGUUCCAUGAAAAAAAUGACUUUACUAAAAGAAAAAUAUCGACAAGACAAGAUUUGAAAAUCGCGGUUAUCUUAUGAUGAUAAAUAAUGUGACAAUAAUAGGCCAAUUGACUAUGACACAAACAAAAUAUUACUGUAAAACACGAGAGAGCCUGUAAUAUUUUGUGAAAACUUCUUAGAACUUGUCCGUUUUCCAAAGAAAAAGGAAGUUUGAAGUAUAAAGUUUGUACACGAGGAUUUUUAUGGUUUGCAGAUGAUUUUUUGGCAGUAGCUGUAAACUUUCAGGGUGGACUUGUGAUUGAUCAAAUUUCAAUAUAAAUUUGAUGUUUACAGCUUCUGAAUGAAUCGGUAACAGACAGUGUUAUUGGUCGGAUGUUGUUAGACACAAGUUUUAAAAAUUAUUCGGAUAUAUUAUCACAUAUUCUAUGUGAUAGCCCGCCAGUUCAAUAGGAAUUUUUCACAUUUUUGCUUCGUAGAAGCAACGUAGACAAACUUUUUAUUCAGGAUCGGAGAUAACAGUACAAAAGUGGACAUCAUAGUUUUCUAUAAGUCGUCUGUUGUUAUUAUGUUCCAUUUUCAUGCAUUUUUUAAGAUUAUGUAAUAGGAUUUUUAUCUUUCCAGCCUAUGAACAAGUUCCAUUUAAAGAGGCUAGUGAAUGGUGUCAUAUAACGUAUUAUGAAAUGUCACAUCGUGUCGGUGAACAAUUUCGUGCUACACAACCACAAGUUAUUAUCGACGGUUUUACUGAUCCAUCAAAUCCUGAUCGUUUUUGUUUGGGAAUAUUAACAAAUAUUAAUCGAACAUAUGAAAUUAAUAAAGCAAGAACAUCUAUCGGUCGUGGUGUUCGAUUAUAUCACAUUCGAGGUAAUGUCUACGCUGAAUGUAUAUCUGAUAAUCCAGUAUUUGUACAAAGUCCUAUAUGUAAUCAACGAUUUAACUGGCAUCAAACAACUGUAUGCAAAAUUCCACCGACAUACAAUUUGAAAAUAUUUGAUAGUGCUGAUUUUGCACGGACAUUAAAUAAUGCAAUACGUGACGGUUACGAAGCUGUUUGGCAAUUAACAAAAAUGUGUAUUAUACGAAUGAGUUUUGUUAAAGGAUGGGGUAUAGAAUAUAGGCGUCAAGCUGUUACCUGUACACCAUGUUGGGUAGAAACUCAUUUAAAUGGUCCAUUAAAAUGGUUAGACAAUGUUUUACAACAUAUGCGUGGUCCAACACAAUCCAUCACAAGUGUAUCAUAA